AAUUUCCAACACAAUCCUCUCGACCACGGAAAGGAUUCCAUCCGCCUCAUCGAAAUUCUUCCAGACCUAUCAGCAAGCGGUGGCAUACAGUGCUCACUGAAACACGCCGACGUCAGCAGUGAAUACACCUGCCUUUCCUAUGUAUGGGGCUCGUCCAGCCAAACACGAUCGAUCACAGUCAACGGCAGGGACUUUCAAGUACACCUUAACCUCUGGGACUUCUUGGGCGUCGCUAGAACGAAGUAUCAUUCAAAGCCACUCUGGAUAGACGCCAUUUCCAUUGACCAGAGUAAUACCGCGGAACGAAAUCACCAAGUCCAGCUCAUGGGCCAAAUUUUUGGCUCGGCAGGAGAAGUCAUCGCCUGGCUCGGCAACGAACCUGACAUCGCCGAGUUCCUUGCUCAGGUCCACGAGAACCCAUCCCAAGUCUACGACUACUUCUACGAAAAGUUUUGCAAUGCCCAAUAUUGGACUCGCGCAUGGAUAACGCAAGAAGUCGCACUGGCCCGCCACGUCGCCUUCUGGUCGAGACAAAUUGAGCUAAACAUAGCUCAGCUGUCCAGCUACCAAGUUAAUCGCUUAAACCCAGCAAGCUCGGGGGUUCCAGUAUCCAAUACGCUCCAGGCUCAGAAGUUGAAAGGGGAAGACCUAGUCCGUCUGCUCGACCUGUUCUGCGAUAAAGAAUGCAAAAUCAAAAGGGAUCGCAUCUUUUCUUUACUGGCCCUGUGUGGAAGGGGCUCAGAAUUAAAGGUGGACUACGGCGCCCCGGAUGAUCAAGUCUUGCUGCAAGCUUUACGA